AUGCUCCAUAGAUCUUCGUCUGGAAAUCGGCUAAGAGGAGGACCUCAAAUGUUCCAGUUGAGUUUAGAUGGGAAGCGGCUUUACGUCACUAACUCACUUUUCAGUGCAUGGGACCGUCAGUUCUAUUCUGAAAUGUUGGAGAACGGUUCACAUAUGCUGCAAAUUGAUGUUGAUACUGAGAAAGGUGGCCUUACGAUAAACAACAAUUUCUUUGUAGACUUUGGGUUGGAACCUGAUGGCCCUUCCUUGGCCCAUGAGAUGAGGUACCCUGGUGGUGAUUGCCCUUCAGACAUAUGGAUCUAG